CACCACCGGCUUUUCCUCUUCCUCUUUGCCUUGCUUACCGCCGGCUGCUUCUCUUUAUUUUUUUUUUUAAUCACCGACCAGCUUUCUCCAUUUUUACAUUUCUUUUAACUUUUAAACUUCCAAAAAAUCCCUAAAAAUGAGGGCUUUUUGAAAAUCAAAAGUCAAAACCUCCUUUAUAUUUUCUUCUUUUUCCUACGGUCACUACCGGCUUUCUUCCCCUUUGCUUUUUCACCCAGAUCUGCUCCAUUCAUGGCCAACAACCCACAAGAACAGCCUUCACAUACCGAAUCUGUUGCUGUCAUGGCUGGAACCAAGUCUUUUGAUCCUAAGAAGCCGCCUCCUUCAAAUCUAGUGAGCCUUUUCCAAACCAAAGACCUCCAAAAUGAAAUCAAACAAGUUCUUCAACACCAUAAAACAAGCCAUUCAGAUCAAAUGUUUGUUCUCCACAUGAACUCUCAAAUUUUGGGUCCAUAUUUCAUUUCUCCUCCACCCCUUUCACUCAAAUUCCUUUACCCACAGUCGAAAGAACACCUCCUCCCUUUCCAAGUGAAACCGGAUUGGAGCAAGUGGGUUGGGCAUUUUGGGACUUGGCCGGCUUGGAGGAGAUAGCAAUGGGUUGAUUGGGUGAAUCGUCUUGAACCCGCCUUUGGCCAGAUCUGGAGUUCACUAGGAAAUCUGAAGAAAAGGGUGUUGCAGAGGAAAGUGGUGAUCUGGACUACCAGAAUUCAAACCAAGAGGAAGGUUACCAUUUCAGCCGAUUUUUCAAAGAAGUAUACCCUCUCCAAGCAGCAAAAACUAGAGGGAUCAAGAGGUCAGCAGUGAAACCUACAGCUGCCAAGAAGCCCAUCAAAUCUGCCUCCCCAUCAGAAUCCACUUCUGCCACGGAAACCCAGAUUCCUCCUAACAAAACAGAAGAUGUUGCUCCCAAGCCAGACCAAGUUAAAGAAAAAAUUACUGCAAGUGAUGAAGGUGAUUUUGCCACCAUCCCUAUGAAAUCUGGCAACAGUUCUUCUCCAGCCACAAAGGUUAGGGGUUCUAGAUUCUCUUUGCGCAUAGCUAACAAAAGCUUUAAAAUAGU